UUUCAAGAUUCUUUGAGAGAGAAAUCGAAGAAGAGUGGCAUAAGGAAGUUGAAGAAUCCAAAAGUUAAAGCAAAAAGAUGAAGAAUUUACCGGUGUUUUUGAUGGGUUCUGGAGGAGUUGGCCGUCAAUUGCUUCAACAUAUUGUUUCUUGUCGAUCUCUUCAUGCCAAACAGGGGGUGCAUUUGCUAGUUGUGGGUGUGUGUGAUAGCAAAUCUUUGGUGGUUGUUGCUGAUGUUCUUACUUCAGAAUUCGAUGAUUCAUUUCUUCUUGAAGUUUGUCGUGUCAAAUCCAAUGGCUCUUCAUUGCAGACUCUUGCAAUUUCUGGUGAAUGUCAAGUGUUUUCUGGUCCAGAAGUUAUACGAAAAGUAAUUGAUAUUGGACUUCUUGGAAAAUCAACAGGUUUAGCAUUUGUUGAUUGUUCAGCUAGUGCUGAGACUAUUGGAGUGCUAAACCAGGUUGUAGAUUUUGGUUGUUGUGUGGUGCUGGCUAACAAGAAGCCUCUUACUGUGCCAAUGGAGGAUUAUGAUAAGUUGGUGUCACAGCCCCGUCGCCUUAGACACGAGUCAACUGUUGGUGCUGGCCUUCCUGUCAUAGCAUCCUUAAAUCGCAUAAUUUCAUCAGGAGACCCUGUCUACCGUAUUAUUGGGAGUUUGAGUGGUACCCUGGGGUAUGUAAUGAGUGAGGUUGAGGAUGGAAAGCCAUUCAGCCAAGUCGUUAAUGCUGCUAAAAGCCUUGGCUACACUGAACCAGAUCCUCGGGAUGAUCUAGGUGGUAUGGAUGUAGCAAGAAAGAAAAGCAGUGAUUUAGGCAGAAUCAUUUUCGCAGAUUGUGAUGGGAAGCAUAUCUUAUCCAACUUGAUAUAGUUAAUACUUGGUUUUUCGGUACCUUUCACGAAAUGUUCAUAGUUCUAAUUGGUUCUGUAAAUUUUGAGAAGUUGAACAUCCCUCAUGACAACAUUUUGUUUUGAUGUUGUGAGAAUAUAGGAAAUUUUUUUUAUU